AUGAAUGUUAGUAAAGGGGGAGGGGUAUUACUAGCCGCGCAGCAUCGAUUCACUGUUUUUAAAAUUGAUUUGUCAUGUAGAGGAUUUGAUUCGUUACAGUGUACAGAUAUAGUCUGUGCUAAAUGUCCAUUAGGUCAUUUCACUAUUUAUAUAUUUGUUGUUUAUAUUCAACCUAUUGCAACUGUUGAUGAAUAUGAAUUGCUAUUUAAUUUACUUGGUAAUUUUACCAACUUAUAUAAUCAACAGGUUAUUAUCAUCGGUGAUUUUAAUAUUUCAGAUUACCAACCUACCUUGUCAUCUUCUUCUCUAAGUAGCAGAAAAUUAUCUUAUCUUUUCAACUUCCUUGAUUUUUGUGACUGUCAACAGUUUAACAAUGUGAGAAAUGCUAAUGAUCGUUUCCUAGAUCUGGUUAUCUCCAAUCGUCACUGCUCUGUUCUGAGAUCGAUAGAUAUCUUACUGGAUGAGGACAUUCACCAUCCAUCUCUUCUCAUCACUGUGGUUUCUCGGGAAUCUCAACCAAAAGUGAUCAAUAGGAACAGUUUGGAAGAUAAACUUUGGAAUUUUAGGAGGGCUGAUUAUCCUGGCUUAUACAGUUAUAUAUCUCGUAUUGAUUGGUCAUGUAUUCUUGAUAUUACAGAUGUUAAUCUAGCUUGUACUCAUUUGUAUACUCAGUUGAAGAUUGGUUUUGACUUGUACGUUCCUAAAACGGGUCUCGUCCGUAAGUCUGUUUUUCCCCCAUGGUUUUCACCUUCUAUCAUUUGCAAACUUAAGUGUAAAUGGCGCCUACUACGAAAAUUAAGGUCCUCUAAUUACAUUAAUAACUCUGAGAUGAUCAAUGACUUCAGAAGACUACGAUCUGAAUUGAAAUGUGACAUUAAGCGGGCACAGCGCCAAUAUUUGCUUGAUAUGGAAUCUAAUAUUAAAUCCGAUCCAAAAAAAUUUUGGGCAUAUGUUAACAGUUUGAGGAAGUGUACUGGUAUCCCUGCGCAAAUGACUUAUUCAGGUGAAUUGCUUAAUAGUCCAGAACAGAUUAUCAAUGCGUUUAGUGCGUAUUUUACCAGCAAUUACAGUGAUUGUGCUGUCACCAACAUUGAUGAUUAUUUUGAUACUACACCUAAUGUGUCUAUUAGUCUGUCAAAUAUAUCUGAGUCUGAAGUGCUAGGUGCUCUAAAGAAGUUGAAAUCCAAUCUUACUGCUGGUCAUGAUGGGAUUCCUGCGUUCUUGUUAUCAGACUGUGCUUCAGCUUUGUGUUAUCCUUUGACCAUAAUAUUUAAUCUAAUUUUAAAAACAAAAACUUUCCCUGACAUCUGGAAAUUAUCUACUAUAACACCUGUUUUCAAGAACGGUGCUAGAAAUGAUGUGGUUAACUAUAGACCAAUAUCGUUAAUAUGUAAUUUCAGCAAGAUCUUUGAGAUGGUUGAUGCGGUAUAUACCGACUUUACUAAAGCAUUCGACAAACUAAACCACCACAUCUCACUUGCUAAAUUGCAUAAUUUUGGCUUCUCCGAUUCCUUGUUGUCUUUAAUAUCGUCGUAUCUAUCUAAUCGAUCCCAAUGUGUUAAGUAUUAUGGUCAUGUUUCUAAUAAGAUUUUAGUUUCAUCGGGUGUACCACAAGGGUUAAUUCAUUCCGGGACUUGGGAGUCACCUUUGAUUCAAGAUUAA